AUGCUUACACGCUCGCUGGCCACUCGUUGUUUACUUACCAAUCGACCCUUUUUACAGAACCAGCUUCGUACUUAUGCCAGUAAAAAAAAGGUAGUUGUCGAUCCCAAUGCUGUUGAAUUGAAAGAAGCCGUUUCAAUCCUCCAAGCUUUAGAGGUUGGCAAUCCUCAACAUCAAAUCGAGGCCCAUGUCCAAUGUAAAAUCGAAAAGUCCACACCUAUAAUUCGUGGCAGCGUCAUCCUACCUAAAAAUUUGAAAGAAGAAGCUACCAUUUUAGUAUUUGCAACAGGGGAGAAGGCAAAAGAAGCGAAAGCAGCUGGGGCUCAGUUUGUAGGAGGAGAAGAGUUGAUCGAGCAAGUGCAGGCUGGACAAUUGAAAUUUGAUAAAUGUAUUUCCACGCCUGAAAUGUUUCCAGCUGUAACAAAGAUCGCGAGAGUCUUGGGUCCAAAGGGUUUAAUGCCUACUGUAAAGAAAGGAACUGUGACAGAUGAUAUUGCCAAUACUGUAAGGAUGUCAAAGGGUUCAUUUGAUUUUAAAGCAGAUAAAAAGGGUGUGCUACACACAGGUAAAGAAAGAGAAAAAAAGGCUCUAAUUUUUGACGAUGUGCUUAUGAAUAGCUCAUGUAUCUCUAAACAUUAUUUUGUAUUGUUAGGUAUUGGUAGAGUUGAUUUUUCAGCCGAAGAUAUUGAAGCAAAUCUUAAAGUAAUCUUAGAAGAACUUCGAGCAUUUGGAAAGACCAAUAACCUUAAGACUAUUCUUCAAAAUGUCGUACUUUCAUCGACUCGAGGACCUGGUAUUGUUAUUGCUGUUUUUAGUCAGCCACUCCUUCGACGUGCUUUCAGCAGUUCUGCUAUUGCACCUUCCUCAACAACAGCGCCGGCAGCAGCCCGCGGACUACUUCGCUUAAAAGAAUACUAUAAUAGUACCCUGUCAGAAGAUUUGAUGGCGCUUACUUACGAUCACAGCCGUAUUGCUCCUCCCACUUCUAAGAUUCCUGAUUUCGAAGCUCAACUGAAUCGUGCUUUAGAAGUGAAAACAGAAGAAGAUCUCUUACCUCCACCACCUGGACCACCUCGUGUAGAACGAACUCGUACACGCAAGGGCGGUAAACCUGUCAAACCAGUUCCACCAUUGAAGACUUCUAAAAUUAUACCUCGACUGGAUAAGAUUGUUCUCCAUGCUAUGGUUAAAGAGGCCAUCACAAAUAAGAGUCAUUUAUUAUCUGCCUUUAUGGCAUUCCAAAGUAUAACAGGUAUUCGACCAGAAAUUGUUCACGCAAAGAGUUCAGUAUCCAAUUGGAAGAUUCGUGCUGGUAUGCCUAUCGGUGUUAAGGUGACAUUAAGGGGUGAUGAAAUGUACGAAUUCAUGGACAAAUUAGUUGAAAUUGUUUUACCACGCUUAAAGGAAUGGCAAGGUGUGUCUAUGAAAUCUGGUGAUAGUAAUGGUAAUUUGGCGUUUGGUUUUCCUCCCUCUGCUUUGGCACUUUUCCCAGAAAUAGAAGGCUCCUUCGAUGUCUAUCCUAAGAUGACAGGUUUUGACGUGAUUUUAUGUACAACAGCCUACACAAAUACAGAAGGUCGUUUAUUACUUUCAGCAUUGAAUGUGCCUUUCAAUGAAAGAACGACAAAUAAAUAA